AUGAGUGCGACAGUCAACGUCAGCUCGUCCGGGGAGUGGUCGCGCAUCCUGGGGUCGUCAACCAUCGUGGUUACUGACUUCUAUGCCGACUGGUGCGGCCCUUGCAAGAUGAUUGCACCCACCUUCGAGUCCCUAUCGACCAAGUAUUCCAAGCCCGGCAAGAUCACUUUCUGCAAGGUCAACGUCGACAACCAGCAGUCCAUCGCUCAGUCCCACGGCGUCCGAGCCAUGCCCACCUUCCUGAUCUUCCAGAACGGAUCCGUCAUCGAGACCAUCCAGGGCGCCAACCCGCCAGCCCUCACAGCCGCCGUCGACAAGGCCAUCAAGCUCGCAGGCACAAGUGCACCAGGCGCAUCGUUCAAGACACCCGGCCGGACACUCGGCGGGGAGCCGGCUCGGGCAACACCGGCACGACGCGGCGGCGGCCAGACUCUGGGCGGUGGGAGAUCGUGGAACCUCAGUUCCUUCAACAUCAUCAACUUCCUGCUCACAUUCUUUGGGCUGUACUUUGCGUCGUUGUUCUCGUUUGAUCCAUACAAAGCUGCUGAGCUAUCAGACUUCAACGUGAACAAACCCAGAGCACCUCCGGCGCCAGUCAAUGUGAAUGGCAAUAGAGUCGGAGGACAAGUCCGCCGACUCCAAGAUGUGCAACCCGAGCCUCAGUCUGAACCACAUUCCGAAGCACCACCUCCCAAACCCGAGGAUAUUGAGUUGGCUGUACGACAGGCAAAGCACGCGUUUGGAGACACCUUGCCGAAAGACUACUUGAACGACGAAGAAUAUAAGCUGUAUGAGAGACUCUACGGGGCGCCUUUACGGGAAACACAACCAGAGGAUGUUGGGAUGCCUAUUCCUAGUGGUGGGCCCAGUGACUUUCCUCUCGGCCCCGACGAGAGAAUACUUAUACGGGAGACGGUCGAUGGUCAGCUUGAGGAGGUAGUCUGCAAGACCGAACAGCUGCCAACACCACCCCCGGAAGGUGCUGAAGGGGCCCUAGAGGUUUCUCCCGAAGACGUUGACAAUCUGCAAGAACUGCCGUCGGAAGCUGGGCUAAGCUACAUCAACGCUGUGGCCAAGAGCCAGCGCGAGUACAAUGCCCUCUUGAAAUUGCAAAAGGAUUUUGAGAGCGCGAGUCUGCGCGCAGCGGAAGAGGAGGAUAUCGAAGAGGAAGAGCCGAUAGAGGAGGAGGAAGAGCAAGAGGAGGAAGAGGAGGAGGAAGAUGAAGGCGAGCCGGACGCCACAUUCUGGACCCAGUCUGACCGCGUUCACCCACACUCCAAGAUAGGCCAGUGGAGGACGAACCCUACCUCACUUCAUCUCCCGAAAGCCGAGUUUGUCGAACCGAUUGCCAAGCUACUCGAUAGGACCGACUUCAAGCAUGUCAGGGAUGCUGCAGAAAAGGCCUUUGGCGGCUCCAAGCUUCCACAGUCGGUCGCAACUCCGGCAUCAAAGAGAAACGCGGCCCAAAACUCGAUCCCCAUGGAGGCGGGCCAUCACAAAAUGACAGAGAUCGAGGCUGACGCCUACAUUGCAACCAAUCUUCCGGGCUCGUAUGCGUCAGUCAUGAGCAUUCUGGUCGAGAUUCGAAAACGCCUCGGAUCUGGUUGGAUGACGAACCUUCUGAACAGAGGCAAUGGAGACGGGCCGCGGGUGCUUGACGUCGGUGCUGGAGGGGCCGGUGUAGCUGCGUGGCAAGAAGUACUGCAGGCUGAGUGGGAGCUUUCUCGUGGCCAGGGAAAAAAGUCGACAUUGGAGCCACCGGGCAAAAAGACGGUUGUGGUGGGCUCUGAUCAGCUAAGACACCGCAUCUCCCGAUUCCUGCAGAACACAACAUUUCUCCCUCGGUUGCCUGACUACCUGCACUCCGGUGGUCACCCCGACAAGUUGGACGGCAGUAAAAGUCCUAUGCCCAGAAAGUCCUUCGAUAUCAUCGUCGCGGCUCACCAGAUGAUGCCACUAAAAGAGGGGUUCAAGCGCAAGGCGAUGCUGGAUAACUUAUGGGAAAUGCUGUCUCCGGAAGGGGGCAUCCUGAUCAUCAUGGAAAAGGGACAUCCUCGGGGCUUUGAAGCUGUGGCAGACGCCCGGUCGCGCCUAAUCAACGAGUUUGUUGAAACACCUACCUCGGAUCCUCGACCGGAGCCUAUCGAAACCGAGCAGAGGCGUGAGCGUGAGCAGGGUAUGAUUGUAGCGCCUUGCACCAACCACAAGGAAUGCCCUAUGUACCUGAAGCCUGGUCUGAGCUCCGGACGAAAGGACUUCUGUCACUUCAGCCAACGAUUUAUUCGUCCACCCUUCCUGCAGAGGGUCCUUGGGGCUACACACCGGAACCAUGAGGACAUCGACUUCAGCUUCGUCGCUGUGCAGCGAGGUGUGCAUCGAGGCGCUGAGAAGACCACUGCACCUGUGCAGAAUGGCGACAUUACCAAUGAUGCAUUCCUUGGAUACGAAGAUGCCAUGGAAGCGCCGAAUCCGCUAUCACUUCCCCGGAACAUUCUGCCACCGUUGAAGCGGCGAGGUCACGUGACACUCGACCUAUGCACGCCCGCUGGAACCAUCGAGAGGUGGACGGUACCCAAGAGCUACAGCCGACAGGCUUACCACGACGCCCGCAAGGCUCGAUGGGGCGACCUGUGGGCACUCGGAGCCAAGACCAGAGUCGUCAGGCCCGUCCGGCUAGGACGAGGCGGCGCGGUGCCCAACGAUGGUGGCGUGCGAGCCCGCGAAGCCGCACAAGGCAAGAAGCUGAGGGUUAUCAACCUGAAUGCUGAUUCGUCCGGUAUCUACAGCGCCAGCGAGAAGGUCAAAACACACGGUCCCCACGAAAGGAGAACCAGGGGUGGGAGGAAGUACAAACCCAAGGAUUUGUUGAAGGAGCUGGACUGA